AUGACCGUUGGUCAGCAGACCGGAAACGUUGUCAGCGGCGAUGACGUGCCUUACGCAACGCCGCCCGAGGAGCAGCUGGGGGAGCAGGACAAGGGCUACGUGCACCCGGACACCGCCGCGCUCUUCGACGCUUCCCCGUUCAUGCGCCACCUCCCGAUCUUUGGAACAGCAGUGGUGCCGUUUGGGCCGAAGUGUGUGAUGUCACUUGGCAUUGUGUACAUUCUCAGCAAAGGUCUGGCGAGGACGCUGCUCAACUCUUCCAGGUACGCCAUGUUCAUGAAGAAGUACGGCGUCACCACGGCGGUGUACCAGCGCAUCUCCGGCAUUGGCUCCUUGGGCUUCUCCAUCAAGCCGCUGACGGCCAUCUUGAGUGACGCGUUUGCCUUCUUCGGCUACACGAAGCGGUGGUACAUGGCCUUGUCAUGUAUUGCCGGUGCGGCGUGCGCUAUCGUGUACGGCGUUCUGCCGUUCAAGCCGUCGAGCGCUGGCAUCGCGGGUGCUAUGAUUUUCAUCUCCGUCUUCUGCAUUGCAAACAUCGAUGUGCUGUCGGAGGGUCACUACAGCCGCCUUAUCAAGCGCCACCCCAUUCCUGGUGCCGACCUGAUCUCGUGGAUCUGGGCGCUUAUCAUGGUGGGUGCGAUCAUCGCGUCGGCCAUUCAAGGACCGCUUUCCGACUCGGGCCGCCCCACCAUCGGCAUUUUCCUCUCCGCUGGUCUGCAGGCCUUCUGCGUUUGCUUUUUCAUCUUCAACUGGUAUGGCGAGAAGAAGAACCUGGUCGAACGCAAGGAGGACUACAUCUUUUUUCUGAAACAGGAGGCCCAGAUGCAGGCGAUGGACUCGGAGCCGAUGAAGGGAGGCGUGGGAAUGCACGACAUCACCACGGACAAGAGCAAGAGGAAGUCCACCGUGCCGUAUCACGAGUCUUCCCCGCAGAACAGCGACAGGGAGCUGGUGAACUUUGGUGAGCUUGAUGAUGACGUGGUCGAGUACGCCUUUGCCGAGACCAGCUGCAUGUGCGGCAUCUUUGGAGUGAACAAGGAGACCAUCUCUCGCAACAUCUCCGUUGCCGUCUACGGCGUCAUCAUGACGGCCGGCGUCAUUGCGCUCACGGUGCUCAACAUCAUGGGUACAACCUACCAACUGCUCUACGGCUGCGUCGGCAUCUCGGUUAUCCUGUGCGCGACCGGCUUCCUCUGCAUCCCUAUGACGAUCAUGAAGGCCAACUUCUUCGGGUGGUUCCAGCAGGUGUCCUACAUCCUCAUCUCAGGCGGGACGGACAACUUCUACAUGUCGGAUGCCAGCUGUCUGCCGGACGGGCCACACUUCUCUCAGACCUUCUACAACACCGUCGGCGCCGUCAUUGGCAACGCUGCCGGCGUGUUUGGUGUGUACCUGUUUGCGCGCGUCUUCUCGAAGCAGAGCUACCGCGUCACGCUAAUCUGCACCACCCUUGUCCAGGUCCUCGCGAGCGUCUUUGACAUCAUCAUUGUGGAGCGCUGGAACUUGUACAUCGGCAUCCCGGACCACGCCAUGUACAUCAUGGGUGAUGCUAUCGUGUACGAGGUGUGCUACAUGCUGAACUUCAUGCCAUUGAACAUGCUCAUCUCGCGCCUCUGUCCGAAGGGGUGCGAGAGCACGAUGUUUGCGAUUUUGGCGAGCUUCAGCAACAUGGGUGCAUCGACGUCGUCGACAAUUGGCGCGAUUCUGAUGGAAACCGUGUGGCCUCUCUCUUCCAGCCCGCCGUGCGACUUCAGCAACCUGCGCUGGCUGCUCAUCGUCGGCCACUUCAUCACGCCGCUCAUCGCCAUCCCGCUAGUGAUUGUGCUCAUUCCCGGCACCCGCAUCUGCGACCCGAUCGACCCGAAGGAUGUCGAGGCCCUGUCCAUCUUCCAGAAGUGGCUCAACAAGUUUCACGCAACGCCGAACGCACACGUCAAGCCCCAACCCAAAUCGCUGCCAGAUUCAGAGGGGCAGCAAUAG